ACAUGACACAACAUGGAAGUAUUUUAACCAGGAAGUAACUUGAAGAGGAAGGUUUGCCUUUUGAGUUUCAUUCCCGAGUAACUCGGAUGCCAAUUCAAAUUCCAAAAUGACUGACAGUGGCGACGAAUAUCGCAAUAGCGAUGAAGAAUAUGAUUCUAUUUAUGCAAACAAUGCUAUAUUAGAAAUAGCAAAUGUUUCGCGAUGUUUACAAACUGAAUCUUUGACAAGUUUACUUGAAUACGACAGGAAAAAAACUGAAGGGGAAGAUGGCUGUAGGUGGUAUCACGGAAAGAUAUCACGCGAAGCAGCUGAGAGUCUACUUAAUGAAGGUUUGAUCAACCAAGGAAGCAUUGAUGGACUGUUCCUAGUUCGAGACAGCACCAGUUCUAAGGAUGAUUUCGUACUCAGUGUUACCCAUGAUGCACGCGUCUACCAAUUCCAACUAAAAGAAGUCCAUGACGGAUACUAUCGACUUGAUGAGGGACCAACGUUUCCAGGACUUGUGAAACUAAUUGAGUAUUACCACAGCCCAAACAAAACUGGGCUUGUGACGACCUUGACGAAACACUGCCAGGGGUCAGCCCCGCCCCCUAAAGCACGCACACAGGGACCAACUAACAUCCUCCAUAGAGCUGUCAUUGAGGGGGAUGUCAAAAUCGUCAACGAUAUUCUUAACCACAGUCUUUGCCCUGAUAUCAAUGCAAAAAAUGAAUGGGGAACAACAGCCUUACAUGAUGCCUGUAAAUAUGGAGCCAAAGAGAUUGUACAAACACUUAUCAAACAUAAAGCUGAUGUAGAAAUGAAAGACAGAGCAGGGUUAACUCCCCUUCAUCGGUCUUGUGCAUCCAACCAUUACGAGAUGAUCCCUAUCUUGGUAGAAGAAGGAGGUGCCAACGUACAGUCUUCUACACCGAAAACCUCCUGGGUUCCCAUGCAUGACGCAGCAAUGCGCGGCCAUGUUGAAUGUAUAAAGGCGUUGCUGAAGCUGCAGGCCCCUCUGAUGCCACGAGCCGAGGACGAGCAGACACCACUCGACCUUGCCAUAAAGUACAACAGGGAGGAAUGUAAAAGAGUUCUAAGUUCUGAUGACCACCGACCUUUAUAUACCAAACAAGAGGAUUGGCUCCAUCCGCAUCUGGACAGACAGCAAGCUUGUCAGCUACUCGACUCCUAUCACAAGACCGAUGGUUUGUUUCUUGUGAGGAAAAGUCGGAGAAAUGUCAACUACCAUGUAAUAACCUUCUGCUUUAAAAAAAAUCAUUACAACUUUGAAGUAAAGGUCAAGGAUUAUAUGAAUAAACUUGUCCACUACAUUGACAACGGGCCGUACUUUCCCUCCCUGGAACGAUUGAUCGGUCAUUACAUCCACCAAGCUGAUGGACUGACAACCAAACUGACAGCAUCCAUUCGUCCUGGCCAAGAAGAACUUGUUUAUGCACGUAGUGUAAAUAAGUCAACAGAGUUCUCGGCUGCAGUAUCCAUCCCAAGGCCAAAUCUGCCCCCAAGGGAUGAACCAGAGCCCCCUGAGGACCCAUAUGCAGAGCCUAUAAAUGUUGCUGAACCCCCAGAAUUGCCCCCAAGUCGUAUGCCUCCAACUAGAAUGCCUAUAAGUGAAGCGAGGCAGCAGAGCACUGAUGAGUUCAAGAAGAUUAUAGACCCCAAGGAAAUUGUCCUUGGACAGGAUCUUGGUGAGGGAGAGUACGGUGCUGUCAAAAAGGGAAAAUAUGUUUACAAAGAUGGCUUCUUUUCCAGAGUGAAGGUGGAUGUCGCAGUGAAAACAUUCCACCAGACUGAACCCGGAGCAGGGGUCAACGAGGGCAUUCUAAGGGAGGCAAUUCUAAUGCAGGACCUUGAUCAUUCGUGUAUCGUAAAGCUGUAUGGUAUCUGUGAAAACCCGUUCAUGUUGGUGGAAGAGUUUGUUGCCCAUGGUGCACUUUGUGAUUAUCUGGAGAAGCAUAAAGAUACUGGUAAAAUAAAAGUCGAUCCAACCCUGUACUUGUGGGCAUCACAAAUCGCUGAUGGCAUGCAUUAUCUUGAAGAUCGUAAAAUCGUCCAUCGUGAUCUUGCUGCACGGAACAUCCUUGUGGAUUCAAAGCACCAGGUAAAAAUCAGUGACUUUGGUCUGUCCCGAGCCUAUGAGGAAGGACAGUAUUACAAAGCAUCAAAGGGAGGCAGAUGGCCUAUCAAAUGGUAUGCACCAGAGUGCGUGAAUUACGGAAAGUUUACCCAUCACACGGACGUCUGGAGUUACGGAGUCACACUGUGGGAGAUGUUUACAUUUGGUGACCAACCAUAUGGAGAUAAAAAAGGCAUAGAGGUGAUCCAGUUUGUGGAAGCUGGUGGCCGAUUGGAACGUCCAGCUAACUGCCCUGAUUUGGUAUACAAAAAGAUGAGGCAAUGUUGGGAAAAAGAGCCGAAAGAUAGACCAAGUUUUACAGUGUUAAAACGCCAUUUUGAAACAGAACCUCUUUACGGUGAUGCCAUCAAAUAUGGUCGCAAUCAAAAGAAAAAGAAUUAAAAGGUAUAAAAAUACCAAAAGGACAUUAUGCCAAAGUAAUUUAGAUCUACAAGAAUAUUUAUCUUUAUUCCGAGUUUUAUUAUAAUUAAUGGUAAUCAAAGAUGAAUAUUUCAAUGACUUUUUAGGAAGCAUAAUAUGUUGAGUGUUAAUGGUUUGUAAAUGUUGAUAAAUGGUGCACAGUGCCUUUCUAAAUUGACCAUCGCAGGAUACCUGCCUAAACUGACCGUCACAGAAACCUUUAAAUUGACCAUCGCAAUACACUUGCCUAAACAGACCAUCAUAGAAACCUGUCUAAACCUACCGUCACAGAACCCUUGUCUGAACUGUCUGUCAUAGGACACUUGUAUAAACUGACCAUCACAGAACCCUUGUCUGGACUGACCGUCAUAGGACACCUGUGUAAACUGACCCUCAGAAGAAAUGUUUUUGGAUUAUGAAGGGUCUGGUUUAGUCAGGUUUAACUUGACAAAUAAGCAUACAUCUCCGGAACAAAUCCAACUGAUUGACAAGAAUUGCUUUGUAUGACUUUGGACAUUUAGUUUAGUGAACUAAACAAAGGAACGACAUAUUACCGUAAAAUCUAGCAUCAUUUAUACAAAGUAUGUAGGGUAUGAGAUUUUUAAGCGAGACAUUUAUUUAAAAUGGUGCAUACAGGGUGGAAUCGAUUCCUGCUACAUUAUCACAUGUUUGGAAAAUUAAUUGAAUAUUUAAAAAUUAAGUUAUGUGUAAACAUUAAGAUUUUUUUCCCUUGACUUGUCUGACCUUCUAGUUGUUAAUUAUUAAAAGUAUUAAUAAUCAUAUAUUUUUUUUAUUAUUCACAUUUUUUAUAAUGGAUUUUUUAAGAAGGCAUUAGGUUCACUAUAAGCACAAUGACAACGACUACUGGGAGGCAUCUUGGUUGGCAUACAUGUAACUAAAAAUUAUAUGUUCACUUUUUGAAUUACUUUUACUAAUCAUCCUCAUUUAGUGGUGAAAAAAUGUAUAUACUGUUAUAUAUACCCAUUGUCAUGAAAUAUGAAAACAUUUAAGGUCUUCCAUUUUUAGAUCUCGGAGACAAAUUUCAGGGGAGAUAAUGCUGUACCUUCGGCGUUGGUGUCAGCGUCAGCUGCCGUAGACAGCUAGGUUAAAGUUUUUAUAAAUCAGUGUUCUGUCAAUACUAGGGAGGACACAGCUAUGGUAUUUCACUUGUGUGUUCCUUGUAACAAGACCAUUACAUUGAUACCUCUGGGUUGCGAGUUCGAAACCCACGUGGGGCAGUUGCCAGGUACUGACCGUAGGUCAGUGGUAUUUCUCCGGGUUCUCCGGCUUUCCUCCACCUCCAAAACCUGGCACGUCCUUAAAUGACCCUGGCUGUUAAUAGGGCAUUAAACAAAAUAAACCAUAAGUCAUUGAUACUAUGUUUGCUAGCCUGCUGACCUUGACUGUGACCUUUGACCUAUUUUUAAAACCUUUAACCCUGGCCAGAGUAUAUUCACUAUAAGAAACAGGGCUUUCAUACUUCACAUAUGUGUACACUGUCACAAAACCUUUCUAUGGAUACUACAUUUACAGACCGACUGACCUUGAUCAUGACCUUUGACCUACUUGUGAUGUUCCACAUCAAAAUAAAUUUAUUUGUUACUUUGAUUUUAUGAUUUUAAGCUGAUAAAAUGGUAUCCAUGUAUAAUUUAUGCUUUUAUGAAAAACAAACCCCUGCUUCAUUUGUACAAGAAAGACACUGUACAAUGUAACUAAAUUCAGGCAUUUUGCUUAACACUAACUUGUUAAAUGUUUUGGAAACAUUCCUCAUAAUUAGUCAUAUUGUUCACAUCAAUUUCCAUGGUUUUUUUUAGGAAUAUAAUGUGCUUUUAUUAUACACAUUCACAAUGGUAACUGUUGAGCAACAUUUAGGAAGGGAAGUAACUCUUGAAGAUUUUCUCCCUUCAAUUAGUGACCAUUAUUUCCUUGACAGAGGCCAACUCUAUUUGCACUCUUCUUCUUCUAGAAUAUAGCUACCGGUCACUUGAUUUGUAGCUCUUCUAAUUCUGGAAGAUCUUCUACCUCUUGCAUCUCGAAGCUGGAAGAUUUAUCUUCCAGGAUGGCAGCGACCAUGUUUAAGUGUGCGACUUGCAGAGUGAUGAGUUUCACUAGAGAAGGAUUUAUGGUACAUACAUGCACAGGAUUGUGUAAGUGUUUGAGAAAACUUAAAAACUUGUUUGUUUUGGGUUAUUUCUUCUGGUUUACUUGAUUUACAUAUAACAGAAUGCGAUCUUCUGAGAAGGCCUGUCUGCCGAGAAGGGUGCAAAUCGAGUUGGCCUCAGUACUGCGCUGUAUUUGUUAAUUGCGGUCCAAAUGGUUUGACCGUACAGCCCAGAUUUGUUUGUUUCUGAAAUUUAAGACAGACCUAGUGAUUUUCACAUUGCUCUCAGGCAAACCUUGACAAAAAUGUCCAGGGCCUGUACAUGACAGCUGCUUUGUUAAGACUUUUGCCUGAAAUGCAAUAUUCAAAAAAAUGUAAAAGUUAUACGGUUUUUCCACAAAAAACAAAUUGACUCCAAUUACAUGUAUUCCUAAAAAAACUUAUCACAGUGAUUUCUGAUUUAAAAGAAUCCUAAAAAUACAAUUUGAAAGUAUUUCACUUGUUUGAAUUUGAAAUUGCAUACUUGAGUAAAAUUUUUAUACAUGUACUCAAUAUUCUGAUGGAUGAAAUUUUGGACCAAACAUUUUCAGAGCAUAGAUAAACACAUUUUUUUUUAUUACAAGAAAGAUUUAAAUUUAUUUUUCUGGUUUAUUCAUUUUAUAUGGUUACAUAUAAUUAAUGUUUUAAAUUAAUAAUUUACCGAUCUUUUGAAUAUAACCAUUAAUCAUUAAAAAAAAUAAAUAAAUAAAUAAAAAGAUUACCAAUAGCAUUUGUUACAUUGUGCGAUACAUUGCUGUCAUGUUUAAUAGAUACAGAAUCUACCUAGCUGUACUGAAGGGGCCAUUUAUUGAAUUGAAUAUGUAAAUAUGCUCUAAGCUAUAAUUUUUUAUAUUUGUACAAAAAAAUAAUACUGUAUAUUAAUGUUGAGUGCUUUUUUAAACUAUUUGAUCAAUUUGUUACAUUUUGUUACAUUCUAUUUUCAAGUACCCGGUAAUAAAUCGUAUUGAAUAUAUAAAUAUUUUUGUAUCGAAAUAUGUUCAUGUGUUAAUAUAUAUUUUUCUAUUUCAUCUAUGAACCAUUGUUUGCUGAAAAAGAUACUUGUUGACAUUUUGAAAUAGAACCCCUGUCCCCCCCCCCCCCCCCCC